AUGCAUACUGGAGAAAAACCUUAUUCUUGCUCUUAUUGUGAGAAAAGGUUUUCUAACAAGACCAAUGUUAUCUGCCAUAUAAAAACACAUACUGGAGAAAAGCCAUAUGCUUGCUCUCAUUGUGAGAGGAGGUUUUCUACAAAAAGUGAGCUUACCCGUCAUAUAAGAAGACAUACUGGAGAAAAGCCAUAUGCUUGCCCUCAUUGUGAAAAAAAAUAUUCUUACAGUACUUAUCUAAAAGACCAUUUAAGAACUCAUUCUGGAGAAAAGCCUUAUGCUUGCUCUCAUUGUAAGAAGAGAUUUUGUACAAAGAUUGAGCUUACCCGUCAUAUACGAACACAUACUGGAGAAAAGCCUUAUGCUUGCUCUCAUUGUGAGAAGAGAUUUUCGAAGAAGAGAAAUCUUACCCUUCACAUAGUAACACAUACUCAAGAAAAACCUUAUGCAUGCUCUCAUUGUGAGAAGAGAUUUCGUGACAAAAGCACCUUAACCCGUCAUGUGACAACACAUACUGGACAAAAGCCUCAUGCAUGCUCUCGUUGUAAGAGGAGAUUUUCUACAAAGAGAGAGCUCUCUUGUCAUAUGAUUUCACAUACUGGAGAAAAGCCUUAUGUUUGCACUUAUUGUCAGAAGAGAUUUAGUAACAAGGCCCAUCUUACCCUUCAUAUAAGGACACAUACUGGAGAAAAGCCUCAUGCUUGCUCUCAUUGUGAGAAGAGAUUUUAUGAUAAAAGCUCAUUAACCUGUCAUAUAAGAACGCAUACUGGAGAAAAACCUUAUUCUUGCUCUUAUUGUGAGAAAAGGUUUUCUAACAAGACCAAUGUUAUCUGCCAUAUAAGAACACAUACUGGAGAAAAGCCAUAUGCUUGCUCUCAUUGCGAGAGGAGGUUUUCUACAAAAAGUGAGCUUACAGGUCAUAUAAGAAGACAUACUGGAGAAAAGCCAUAUGCUUGCUCUCAUUGUGAGAAGAGAUUUUCUGAUAAAAGAUCAUUAACCUGUCAUAUAAGAACGCAUACUGGAGAAAAACCUUAUUGUGAGAAAAGGUUUUCUAACAAGACCAGUGUUAUCUGCCAUAUCAGAACACAUACUGGAGAAAAGCCAUAUGCUUGCUCUCAUUGCGAGAGGAGGUUUUCUACAAAAAGUGAGCUUACAGGUCAUUUAAGAACUCAUACUGGAGAAAAGCCUUUUGCUUGCUCUCAUUGUAAGAAGAGAUUUUGUACAAAGUCAGAGCUUACCCGUCAUAUACGAACACAUACUGGAGAAAAGCCUUAUGCUUGCUCUCAUUGUGAGAAGAGACAUUCUACAAAGGGUAAUCUUGCCCGUCAUAUGACAACUCAUACUGGAGAAAAGCCUUAUGCUUGCUCUCAUUGUGAGAAGAGGUUUUCUACAAAGGGUGAAUUAACCCGUCAUGAAAAAACACAUAUUGGAGAAAAGCCUCAUGCUUGCUCUCAUUGUAAGAAGAGAUUUUGUACAUAGAUUGAGCUUACUCAUCAUAUACGAACACAUACUGGCGAAAAGCCUUAUGCUUGCUCUCAUUGUGAGAAGAGACAUUCUACAAAGAGUAAUCUUACCAGUCAUAUGACAACUCAUAUUGGAGAAAAGCCUUAUGAUUGCUCUCAUUGUGAGAAGAGAUUUAGUAAAGACCAUUUUACCUUUCAUAUGAGGGCACAUACCGGAGAAAAGCCUCAUGCUUGCACUUAUUGUCAGAAGAGAUUUAGUAAGAAGGCCCAUCUUACCCUCCAUAUAAGGACACAUACCGGAGAAAAGCCUCAUGCUUGCUCUCAUUAUGAGAAGAGAUUUUCUGAUAAAGUUCAUUAA